AGCUGCCAUUGGAAGUGGGAUAUUGAAAAGGUAAAACCUAUUUUUCACUGAACAUAUUCGAUAGUGGGUGUCUCUGCUGUGAGAGAAUUCAUAUUUUGAAUCAACCUGUUCAGAUCAGGCCAUAAUGUGUGCGUCAUAUCCUGAGUGAUGUCGCUUCAAAUCAGUUAUCAGAUAGAAACUUGAAAGUCUGCAAAUGAAUCAUUCUGCAAGGGUUCAGUAUUCAGCAUUUAAAAGGAUAGUUUAAACUGCACCAAAAGAAACAAGAUGACACUUUCCACCUACCACACAAUGCAGUCGGUGUUUUGCUGUUGCUGCUCACUUCAAAACCGAGCAGUGGCGACCGAAAUGAGUCUAAAUAAUGAUGCAAUGGACGAAUAUUCCUUGAGCGAACGCCUGCCAUCAUAUCAAUAUCGACCAAACAGGUAUGGGAUAGCCCCAUCAAGAAGGAAACCACCACCGCCUCCACCAGAUAAUGAAGAUGAGGAAGGGGAUCUUAAGGUUAUAGCAGUGUAUGAUUUCUUUGCCCAGGAAGAUACUGUGUUAAAUCUAAGGAAAUACGAGGAAUACACAAUACUUCAGAAGUGUGACCCCCACUGGUGGAAAGCAAGAGACAAGCAUGGAAAUGAAGGAUUCAUCCCAAGCAACUAUGUCACAGAGAAGAAAUCUAACAAUAUCCAGGCAUUUGAGUGGUUUUGCAAAAAUAUAACAAGGGCCAAAGCAGAAAACCUUCUUCGGCAGGAGGCUAAAGAAGGAGCCUUUAUUGUGAGGGACUCCAGCCAGCAUGGGAUGUAUACAGUGUCUGUUUACACCAAAGCUGGAGGAGAUCAGAAUCGAGGGAUCAGGCAUUACCAUAUAAAACAGAAACAGACAAAAUACUACGUAGCGGAAAAACACCUAUUUGACACCAUUCCUGAGCUUAUUGACUACCAUCAGCACAAUGCAGGAGGUCUGGUCACACGAUUCCGAUAUCCUAUUGGACCAAUGGGAAGAUGCAUUCCUGCUACAGCCAGCUUCAGUUUUGAAAAAUGGGAGAUUAACCCAUCUGACCUGACCUUCAUGAAGCAGCUGGGAAGUGGACAGUUUGGGGUGGUGCGUUUAGGGAAGUUUAGAGCUAAGCAUAAAGUAGCAAUCAAAACAGUUUACGAAGGUGCAAUGUCAGAGGAGGACUUUAUCGAGGAAGCUAAGAUCAUGAUGAAUUUAUCACACCCUAAUUUGGUUCAGCUUCAUGGGGUAUGUACACAGCAGAGACCCAUCUAUAUAGUAACUGAGUUCAUGGAGAAUGGCUGUCUGCUCAACUAUCUGCGCCAGAGACAAGGCCGACUUCAGAAGGAUGCCUUACUGAGUAUUUGUGAGGAUGUGUGCGAAGGGAUGGCUUACCUUGAGGAAAACCAUUUUAUUCACCGAGACUUGGCUGCCAGAAACUGUUUGGUGACUGAGAAGAAUAUGGUGAAAGUAUCUGAUUUUGGAAUGACAAGGUAUGUGCUUGAUGAUGAGUACACCAGCUCUACGGGUUCCAAAUUUCCUGUGAAGUGGUCGCCUCCUGAGGUGUUUCAUUUUUCUAAAUUCAGCAGCAAAUCGGAUGUGUGGUCCUUUGGUGUGUUGAUGUGGGAAGUUUUUACUGAGGGCAGAAUGCCUUUUGAGAACAAAUCAAAUGCUGAAGUCGUUGAUGAGAUUUCUCGAGGUGAGAGGCUCUACAGACCAUCCCAGGCAUCUCGCCUGGUCUAUCAAAUCAUGUACAGCUGCUGGCAUGAGAAACCAGAUGGACGUCCCGGUUUUGACGAGCUGUUGGAUUUAAUCAAAGAGAUUACAGGGACUGAAUAUCAGUAACAGAUGUCCUAUAUUUUCAGACCACGCAAUGAUAUUGUACAAAAAAAUG